AUGGAGCCGCGGUGCAGCGGGUGCGCUUGGGUGGCGUCCUCUUAUGCUCAGCGUAAACCAGCAGGGAGGUCGGCCCGUGUAACCGCGGAGUGCUCGUUACCGGGCGUUGGUGUUCCCGGCUCUUUCCUCGUCUUGCGGGCGUUGAGCCCUCUUGAUAGAGCCCAAGCAGCCAAGAACAAAGGAAACAAGUAUUUUAAAGCAGGAAAAUAUGAGCAAGCUAUUCAGUGUUAUACUGAGGCUAUCAGCCUGUGCCCUCCUGAGAAAAACCUUGAUCUUUCUACCUUCUAUCAAAAUAGAGCUGCUGCCUAUGAACAACUGCAAAAAUGGACAGAAGUGGCACAAGACUGCACAAAGGCUGUUGAGCUUAAUCCUAAAUAUGUAAAAGCUCUCUUCAGACGCGCAAAGGCUCACGAGAAGCUAGACAAUAAGAAGGAAUGCUUAGAAGAUGUCACUGCAGUCUGCAUUUUAGAAGCCUUCCAAAACCAGCAAAGUAUGUUAUUAGCUGAUAAAGUUCUUAAACUCCUUGGAAAAGAAAAGGCCAAAGAGAAAUACAAGAAUCGUGAGCCUCUGAUGCCCUCACCACAGUUCAUUAAAUCCUACUUCAGUUCUUUCACAGAUGAUAUCAUCUCCCAACCUUUGCUUAAGGGUGAGAAAUCAGAUGAAGAUAAGGAUAAGGAGGGAGAGGCUUCUGAAGUAAAAGAAAACUCUGGCUAUUUGAGAGCAAAACAGUAUAUGGAAGAGGAGAACUAUGACAAAAUUAUCAGUGAAAGCACAAAAGAAAUUGAAGCAAAGGGAAAAUACAUGGCAGAAGCUUUGCUUCUGCGAGCUACUUUCUACUUACUUAUUGGAAAUGCAAAUGCUGCCAAACCAGACCUAGAUCAGGUCAUCAGCAUGGAAGAUGCAAAUGUGAAGCUCCGAGCUAAUGCUCUGAUCAAACGAGGAAGUAUGUAUAUGCAGCAACAGCAACCUGUGCUGUCCACUCAAGACUUUAACAUGGCUGCUGAUAUUGAUCCUCAGAAUGCAGAUGUUUACCACCAUCGAGGACAAUUGAAAAUCCUGCUUGACCAAAUCGAAGAGGCUGUGGAAGACUUUGAUGAAUGUAUCCGAUUGCGACCCGAUUCUGCCUUGGCUCAAGCACAGAAAUGUUUCGCUCUGUAUCGCCAAGCUUAUACAGGGAAUAAUCCUUUGCCUGUGCAAGUAGCCAUGAAAGGCUUUGAAGAUGUCAUAAAAAAAUUUCCAAAGUGUGCUGAAGGCUACGCACUCUAUGCUCAGGCACUAACUGAUCAACAGCAGUUUGGCAAGGCUGAUGAAAUGUAUGAUAAAUGCAUUGACCUUGAGCCAGACAAUGCGACUACCUAUGUUCAUAAAGGUUUACUUCAGCUCCAGUGGAAGCAAGAUUUAGACAAAGGGUUAGAACUCAUAAGCAAGGCCAUUGAAAUUGAUAACAAAUGUGAUUUUGCAUAUGAAACCAUGGGAACGAUUGAAGUGCAAAGAGGUAAUCUGGAUAAAGCCAUCGAAAUGUUCAACAAAGCUAUCAACCUGGCCAAAUCUGAAAUGGAGAUGGCCCACCUCUACUCACUCUGUGAUGCUGCCUACGCCCAGACAGAAGUCGCAAAGAAGUACGGAUUGAAACCACCAACACUGUAAAGAAACGAGGAGGAAAUGACCUUCUAAAGUGAAGUUGCCCACUUCAGCCAGCCCUAAAGACGCUGUUGCAGACCAUGUUGAAUGGUGGAACUUAGUUUUUUCCCGUUCGUGGUGUUGUCAUUUGCUACAUCUGUUAAAUGUUUAGGUGUUGUGGGAGUGGUUGUUCAAGGAAGUAUGCAGUGUUGCAUCUUGUUCCUUCUGCAACAGAAACCUUAGUGUUAAGGGAAAUAAAGUUGCAGGGGAACAAAAAAGAAGAUAUUUUGGCCAUGCAAAUAAAAACUUCACACUG